ACGCUGUUCACAGACUGAAGGAGUCAAACAUGUCGUGGUUCAGGUGCAUUGUGGGUGAUGUGCGUGGAGGAGGAAGACUCCUGAGAGGUCUUCCUCUGAGUCCUGGUCUUCCUCAGCGGACCCCCCGGUGUUUCCUGUCGCGGGGUCCGGGUCCUCCUGGUCCUGGUCUGAGGACCCGGGUGGGCGUCGGCCUGCUUGUGGGCGGCAGCCUGCUGGCGGCCUGGUGGUUCGUGGACUCUGAGAAGCGUCAGAACCAGCGUCGGCGGCGGGUGGAGCAGCUGAAGCAGGUCUCUCUAGGUCAGGGGAUCUUCAGUCUUCUGGACCACCGAGGCCAACGCAGGACUAAAGCGGACUUCCUGGGCCGCUGGGUCCUUCUGUACUUCGGCUUCACACACUGUCCCGACAUCUGUCCCGAGGAGCUGGACAAGCUGAGCGCCGCCGUCUCGGCUCUGGACCGGGACGCCUCGCUGCCGCCGGUCCAGCCGGUCUUCAUCACUGUGGACCCGGAGAGGGACGACGCGGCGGCUCUGGACCGCUACGUGAAGGACUUCCACCCGCGGCUCAUCGGACUCACGGGGACGCCGGAGGAGGUGAAACACGCGGGGCGGGACUACAGGGUGUACGCCAGUGCCGGUCCUAAGGACGAGGACGGGGACUACAUCGUGGACCACACGAUCCUGAUCUACCUCAUCAGUCCAGACGGGCUGUUUCUGGACUAUUACAACCGCAUGAAGAGCCAGGACCAGAUCACUGAGAGCGUCCGGAACCACAUCAAGAACUACGAGCAGCUGCACCCACAACCUUAGGGGUCUGAAGGAAACAGAACCGUAGGGUCCCUGAAGGAACCAGAACCUUCUGCUCACGACCAGUCUGAGAUAUCAAUACAUGAAAUGUUUUGUGUUCUGUGAUUUAACAUAUUAAAUAUUUACUUUUGAAAUAUAACUUUGAUUUACUCCGUUGUAUGUUUUCAAAAAACUAAACUUUUACUAGUUUUUGGUAUUUUUGUCUUUCGUGGUGAAUCUUAAAAAUCUAAAGAAACACAAAUAUCUCAAAGUAAAAGUCUUUUUAAAGAA